UGCAGCUCGCUCCCAUUCCUUCAGUUUUUUCAGUGGGCAUGAUCUGCAGGGGAUAUUCCAAUAUGAUACUUCUGUUUACAGCUACAUUUACUAUCCUGGCGCUCUCCUCCCUGGACCAGGUGGAUUGUUCAGCAUAUGACAAGAUAGUGACACACAGUCGCAUCAGGGCUAAAAAAGAAGGGCCCAAUGUGUGCGCUUUACAACAGGUCAUUGGGACUAAAAAGAAGUACUUCAGCACAUGCAGAAACUGGUACAAAAAAUCCAUCUGCGGCAAGCCAACAAAGGUUUUGUAUGAAUGCUGCCCAGGUUAUAUGAAGCUGGACAGACUGCCUGGUUGCCCUGCAGUGGCCCCUAUUGACACCGUUUACGGCACCCUGGAUUUGGUUGAAGCCAAGAUCACCAAGGAGUAUUCGGAGAAGUCCAAACUGAAGGAAGAAAUCGAUGGAGCUGGUACCUACACGAUGUUCGCACCCAGUGAUGAUGCCUGGGAAAUGUUAGAUCCGGCAUUAAAAGAAGCUAUGGUGAACCGUGGAGCCAAUGAGCUUAGAAACGCUCUCACCCAGCACAUGGUUAACAAACGUCUACUCACCAAAGACCUAAAGAACGAUAUGUCCGUGGAGUCGAUGUUUAACGAACAAGGCCUCUACAUUAAUCAUUACUCGAAUGGAGUUGUCACUGUGAAUUGUGCCAGGAUCAUUCAUGGAAAUCAGGUGGCCACUAAUGGAGUCGUGCACGUCAUCGAUCGGGUCAUCAGCGUUGUGGACAAGUCGAUAUUGGACGUGAUAAACACCCACGAUGAACUCUAUACACUAAAAGCAUCUGCAGAGACGGGUCUUCUUGAACACCUGAGCAAGCCAGGACACUACACACUGUUUGCUCCAACCAAUGACGCUUUUGAGAAAGUUGACUUUGAGGUCCUAGACAGAAUUAUGGGAGACAACACUGUGCUUCAAGCGUUUUUGAACUACCACACCCUGAAGUCAGUCCAGUGCUCCGAAGCUAUUAUGGGUGGCUCCAUCUAUGAGACCCUCGAGGGAAGUAACAUCGAGAUCGGAUGUGACGGAGACAGCCUUACAGUCAACGGUAUCAAGAUGGUGUUGAAGAAGGACAUUGUCACCAACAAUGGUGUCAUUCAUCUGAUCGACCAGGUUCUUAUGCCCGACUCAGCCAAGCAGGUGAUGGAGCUUAUUGGCACAUCUCAGAGCGUUUUUAAAGAAAUGGUGUCCGAACUUGGCCUUUCUGCCGCCAUGAAGCCUAAAACUGAGUAUACUAUUCUUGCCCCUCUCAACGGAGCCUUCUCUGAUGAGAUGAAAACCAUGGACCAGCGUCUGUUAAAGAUAAUCCUCGAAAACCACAUCCUAAAAUUCAAGAUUUCUCUAAACGAGCUCUACAAUGGCCAACUGCUCGAGACCCUCGGAGGAAAAAUGCUCAGAGUCUUCAUUUAUCGCACGGCUGUGUGUAUUGAGAACGCGUGUAUGGUGAGGGGCAGCAGAGAGGGCAGUAAUGGAGCCCUACACCUCAUGGGUUCGCUGAUCCAUCCACCCCAGACAAACAUCUAUGAGUUGCUGAAAAAAGAAGGACGCUUCAAAAUAUUCCUGUCUCUGAUGGAGAGCGCCGGAAUAACAGAUUUACUAAAACAGGAGGGAUCGUAUACUGUCUUUGCACCCAGUGAUGACGCUUUUAGGGGGCUGUCAGAAGCAGACAUAAAUCUUCUAAAAAGUGACAUCAACACCCUGCGGACAAUCCUGCUUUAUCAUUUUAGCAAUGGUGUCUUUAUUAAUGGCGGGCUGGAGGGCAAAGUUACCAACCUUCUCAAAACCUUUCAGGGUACUAACCUUCAAGUGUUGUCUGUUAACAACUCCAUUCAUGUGAACUCAGUGGACGUUCCAAAUUCUGAUCUUAUGGCAUCCAAUGGCGUGGUCCAUGUAGUGAAGACCAUAUUAUAUCCUAAAGAUCUGCCGGUUGGCCGUGAAGACAUACUGACUCUGCUGAAGAGACUCAUCAAAUAUAUGCAGCUAAAGUUUCAGUCUGGAUAUAUCUACCAUGAGAUUCCUCUCACGUUCAUCAAGAGGACUAUAACCACUACUCGUGUCAUUGAGGGAGGUUCUGAUAUCACGCUGAUUGAAAAUAAUCCAUCCAUAUCCAAAGUUACUACAGUCAUUGAAGAGAAACCUUUUGGUUCUGAAGUGCUAACAGGGGGGAACACCACAAAGGUGACCAGGGUGAUUGGAUCUGGGUCUGUAUCUAAGAAAAUUGUAAUUGAAGGAGAUCCCAGUGUCACCACAGUUAGGAGAGUGAUUGAAAAUCCCGGUGUCAGGACAGUUGCUGAAAGACGUGGAGACAUCAACAGAAGAGUGGUUCAAGAUAAUCCAGCAUUUCUGAUGGAAAGACGUGGAGACAUCAGCAGUAGAAGAGUGGUUGAAGAUAAUCCGGCAUUUCUGACUGAAAGACGUGGAGACAGAACAGUCGUUCAAGGAAGGCCAUCAAUUGUGAGGGAAAGAGAUCGUGGUACCACCAAGGUUACAAGAGUGAUUGAAGGAAAACCCAAUAUCACCAAAGUUACGCGAAAGGUUGGGGGACCACCUGUCACCAAAGUUACAAGAAAGGUUGAGGAAGAACCAGCUGUCACCAAACUUACAAGAGUCAUUGAAGGGAAGCCGUCAAUCACAAAGGUCACAAGGCGAAUUGAAGGCCACAGUGCCUCAUCUGAUGGUGGGCUUGACUCUGAUGGGAAAAUCAAGAGAAUCGUGGGUGAAGAUGUAUCCGAGACGUUUUUGGACGGUGAUUUACACGUUCUCCGGGAGGAAGAUAUUCGGAAAAUCACUGACGCAAUCACUGAGGGAGGUGGACCAGGCCUUACCACUUUUACUGGAGUAAUCAAUCCCCAAACUCAGACUGUUGAAGGUAAACAAGGGCGUACCACUUUUACCAGGAUAAUAAAUCCAGGAUCUCAAGACAUUGAAGGUGGACAAGGGCAGAUCACUUUGACCAGAAGAAUCACACCAGAUCCUCAGAUCAUUGAAGGACCAGAUUUCUCAAAGAUCGAAGUAUCUUUCAAGGACAGUCCACAUCUCCUUGAAGCAAAAUCAAAGAUAAUCAGCGAAAUCAUCAAGGAUGGUCGGACACGAAAACGAGCUGCUGUCAGACAACCACUAACAGGACAAAGAAGAAGAAUGGGAAUGGUUAGGCGCCGCCUCAGACCCAGUCAGUGAGAUCAAACAGAUGCCUACUGUACCUGGAGCUAGAGGAACAUUAGUAUUGUAAUACAGCAGUGUGUUUGUUCUGAAAUGACACCUUUGCUACAAAGCACAAAGCAUAUUAUAAAGCUGUAUUUUGGAUCUGUGUGAUAUACCCUGCUACACCAACUCAGACAAGGGGUAAUUGAAAUGUUGGUGGUGAUAGAGAGAGAAUUUUUUAGUUUUUUAUGCUGUUUAUAUUUUGUCUUUAAAUAUAUACUCUAUGAAUUAUAAAAAGUGCCUUGUCAAUGAACUUGUCACACACAUAAGAUAUUUGGUGCUCGCAUUCACACACAUGAAUGCGUUUUUUUGUGUGUACGAAAUAACAAACAUUUGCCUGUUUUUUACUGAGUGUGAAUUAUAUAUGUAACUAUAUAUUGUUUUACACGUUACUCAUUUUCCGUUGAAGUUCACUUUGUGCAUUUCACCUGAACUGUCAUUAACGGUUUUUAUUUCAUUAUCAUUUUUGUCUAGACAGGAUUGUAUUGUACAAAUAAAAUCAAUGGAGAUAAAGAAAUUUCUACUUAAAAAAUUCAA